UUAUUGUCCAAUUGUUUGAAAGAAUCCAUGAGGAAAAGUUUUGAAUCCCCCUGAGAUGGUGGUAAGAUCUUUAUAAAAGAGGUUAGUGGUGGCAAGUUUUGGCACAGUUUCGAAUUGUGGAUUACCAAAGAAACAGUGUAAAGAAGUGUUUAAAAAAUGUUAAGAAUUAUUAUCCUUGUUUUAACAACUGUGACCUUAGCAUUAGCUCGUCCUAGCUACUUGCACACUUCUGUCGUUCCAUAUGGAUACGCAUUGGAACCCCAGGUAGUUGGACAUACGUUGCAUUCUAUUCCGACAGCGGUAUCUCAUCAAAGUCAAACUAUUGUACACGAGAAGCGUCCGUAUUUAAGACCAAUUGUUGAACACGUCCCAGUGCCAGUGUUGAACUCUUAUGCAGUACCAUCAGAAAUAGUAUCCUCACCGUACUACAAUGGUUGGGGAAGUGGGUAUGGUGGUUUUAGGACUGCAUCAGCAUACGGAGGAGGUUGGAACCAGUGGUAGAUUUUACAUUUUUCUUCAAUUUUUUUAAAUAAAAUAAAGUGAAUUAUGUAAAAAAUCAAAAA